GCGCGCUUUCUCGAACCUGCGGCAUUUUUCGACCACAUAAGACUACAACUUUCGCUCAAAAAUGUCUGCUACGACUACAAUCACUCAGGCUGAGCCCAUCACGGCUCAGAGUAUCCUACGACUCUUUCCCGACAUCGACACGAGUUCCGCCGAGUUAGAUGGUCACGAUGAAGAACAAAUUAGAUUGAUGGAUGAAGUCUGCAUCGUCCUCGAUGAGAACGACAAGCCAAUUGGAAACUUCAGCAAGCAGAUAUGCCAUCUUAUGACCAAUAUUGAGAAAGGUCUCCUUCACCGCGCAUUCUCCGUCUUCCUCUUCAAUUCCAAAAAUGAAUUGCUACUACAACAACGGGCAACCGAGAAGAUCACGUUCCCAGAUAUGUGGACAAAUACAUGCUGCUCACACCCACUUGGUAUCCCCGGAGAGGGUGGUGCGGAAUUGGCAGAAGCUGUCAUGGGCGUGAAGCGUGCUGCUCAGAGGAAACUCGACCAUGAGUUGGGAAUCAAGGCUACCCAAGUUCCCAUUGAAAACUUCAAGUUUUUGACAAGAAUCCAUUACAAGGCACCGAGCGAUGGCAAAUGGGGCGAGCACGAGAUUGAUUACAUCCUGUUCAUCAAAGCAGAUGUUGACAUGGAGCCAAACAUGAACGAAGUCCGCGACACGAAAUACGUUACCGCUGAUGGUCUGAAGGCCAUGUUCAACGACCCCGCGCUCAAGUUUACUCCGUGGUUCAAACUCAUCUGCCAUUCAUUGCUAUUCGAGUGGUGGGAGCAUCUGGAUGUAGGCUUGGAGAAAUACAUGAACGAACAAGAAAUUCGGCGGAUGUAAUCGAAUUCCAGGCUUUUUCGAGACAUAGGACGGCUUUGGCGUAUAUAAUUAGGUCCGGUAUCGCAAGAUACGGGUUUCUUUUCGAUCAACACACGAUAUCGUGUACUGGAGAAUUUGGGGAAGGAGCGCUGAUACCC